UUACAACCAGAUGUCAGGGACGCUCCCACCAGAUAUCGGCAGUACUCUACCCAAUCUUCACUUUCUCGACAUGGCCAGCAACCGGUUCGUGGGACAAAUUCCGUUGUCAGUCGCUAAUGCUACGUUGCUUCGACAAAUCGACCUCAGCCGCAACAAUUUCAGCGGUCGAAUACCUGCCAAUCUCGGCAACCUUCCAUAUCUCAUGCAGCUUUCCCUAGGGAGAAACAGGCUUGAAGCCAGAGACGCCUUGGACUGGGAAUUCGUCUCUUCCUUGGCCAACUGCAGUCUGCUGAAGGAACUAAGACUGGCUAUGAAUAAUCUGAGCGGUGCGCUUCCUGCCUCCAUAGCUAAUCUCUCGACCCAGCUCAAUACUAUAACGCUCGGUCGAAACCAAAUCUCUGGAUCCUUUCCUUCCGGGAUCAAGAACUUCGUUAACUUGGUUACACUGGCUAUGAAUGAGAAUCUAUUCACCGGCAGUAUUCCCGACUUCCUGGGAGAACUUGCCGACCUGGGAUCUUUGAUCUUGUAUGGCAACAAGUUUUCAGGCAACAUCCCAGCCUCGCUUGGCAACUUGACUGCAUUGAAUGAGCUUAUAUUGUUCGAUAACUACUUGGAAGGCAGCAUCCCGGUGAGUCUUGGGAAAUGCCAGGGUUUGAAUACUUUAGAUCUCGCUGGCAAUCACCUGAGUGGAUCCAUCCCAAUGGAAGUUUUUAGCAUCGAAUCCUUGUCGAACUAUCUUGACUUGUCCAGCAAUCACUUGAAUGGAACACUACCGAUGGAGGUCGGCAGGUUGCGCAACACUCCCUUUUUAUCUGUUUCCAACAACAGGCUUUCAGGUGAACUUCCAACAAGCUUAGGUGAUUGUCAAGUGCUGCAGUACCUCAAUUUGAGUAACAAUUUCUUUCAAGGAAGCGUUCCUAAAUCUCUGAGCAACCUGAAGGGACUCGAGAAGUUGGACCUUUCAUCCAAUGACUUGUCUGGUUCCUUCCCAGAUUUUCUAGCAGGCUUGCCUUUCCUGAAACUUCUGAAUCUAUCUUUCAAUGAUCUGGAUGGUGAAGUACCAGUAGAUAAAAUUUUCAGCAAUUCCAGCGAGUUUUCUGUCGUCGGAAACCACAAACUCUGUGGGGGUAUCUCAAGCUUGCAUUUGCCUUCCUGCUCAACUCAGACAUCCAAGAAGAACAGGUCGCUUAUUCUUAAAGUAACGUUGCCGAUUGUUGUUCUAAUCUUACUGUUUGCUCUGUUUAUGACCUGCCGUUACGCGAGAAAACACAAGAAGAAUUCUCCCCCAGCUGAACUCACAUCCGAUGCUCCGACAAAAUUGUCUUAUCUCGAGCUGAUGAAGGCAACCGAUGACUUCUCCUCCGAGAAUUUGAUUGGCGUUGGAAGCUACGGUUCGGUGUACAGAGGUGUUUUGGGUGACGGCAAAACUCUCGUUGCGAUCAAGGUACUCAACCUGGUGCAGCGAGGCGCUUUCAAGGCUUUCGUCGCAGAGUGUGAAGCUUUAAGAAGCAUUCGACACCGAAACCUGGUCAAGAUCUUGACAACCUGCUCGAGUGUGGAUCUCAGAGGUAAUGAAUUCAGAGCUAUCGUGUUUGAGUUCAUGCCUAACGGGAGCUUGGAGAGUUGGUUGCAUCCAGACACAGACAAGAAGCUAUACUCGAAGCGAUUAGGUCUGCUUCAGAGACUUGAUAUAGCAAUCGAUGUUGCUGCUGCGCUGAACUAUCUUCAUGACCACUGCGAGACGCCAAUCAUCCACUGUGAUCUGAAGCCAAGCAAUGUCCUUCUUGAUGGCAACAUGACUGCUCGUGUCGGAGAUUUUGGCCUAGCAAGAUUCCUCUCCAAUGGCACCAACCGGUAUCUAUCUUCUUCUUCAGUAAUAAAAGGUUCCAUCGGCUAUAUGGCUCCAGAAUAUGGGAUGGGCGGGCAGGUUUCGACUCAUGCGGAUGUCUACAGCUACGGAGUGCUGCUGCUGGAGCUGUUCACCGGGCGGAGGCCUACCGACGACAUGUUUAAGGACGGUCUCACCCUCCAAAACCACGUCGAGGAAGCCUUUUCGAAAGGAGCUCAAGUCACCGGCAUCGCUGAUCCGUCACUAUUCUCGGACGACAAAGAAGGUGAAGACACUUCAGAUCUCAUGGUCGGAAUGCAAGCAAGCGAAAGGAUAACGAGAUGCUUAGAAUCGGUGCUCGUGGUUGGUCUCCGCUGUGCCAAGGACUCGCCGAGAGAGCGCAUCACGAUCAAGGAUGCUGCGAACAGAAUAGAGACGAUCAAGAGUCUGCUGCGAACUGCCGAAAUGAAUAAGAGUCCAUUUAAUACUCCGUGUUUAAUAUAGUUUUCGUAAAAGAAUGGGCUGUUCUGUUUC